AUGGCACUCACAACAGCAGCCGCUGGACUGGCUGCAGCUACACUAGGAGCCAUGUAUGCAGAUGCAAAAUUCCUCAUACGCCAUGAUCUUACAUCUGGAUCGCUAGCAAACCUCUCCACAGCAGCAGUGAAAUUCACCGAAGAGCGUGUGAAGGACAAUCGCAUGCUUGUAUACCACAACUUUGAGUACUGGGCACAGCAUACACCAAACAGCAUCUUCCUCAUUUUCGAGGAUCGAACCUAUACCUACAAGCAGUUCUUCCAGCAGAUAGGCAGGGUAGGGAAUUGGCUCUUACAAGAACUCGAUAUUCAGAAGCAUGAGAUCGUAGCAAUAGAUGGUGGAAACACGCCAGAAUAUCUCAUGCUCUGGUUUGGUCUCGAAAGUAUAGGCGCUUGCCCAGCCUUCAUUAAUUGCAAUCUCACCAAAGACCCAUUGGUCCACAGUGUCAAAAUAUGUGAAUCACGAUACCUGAUAGCUGAAGAGGACGUGCGGUCCUUGGUUGAGCCAUGUCGGACGCAACUAGAGGCUAAUGGGAUCCAAAUAGCCUAUUACAACGAAACUUUUCUUCAAUCACUUACUUAUGGGACAGCCACUCCAGCCGAUCGCCGCUCAGGUAUUCUGCCAACAGAUACAUCUGGCCUCAUCUAUACCUCUGGAACGACAGGUUUGCCCAAGGGCACAGUCAUGUUGCGUGGUCGCGAGCUCAACGUUGGCCGUGGCACAUCUCUGUACCUAGGUCUGGGUCAAAAAUCCAAAACCAGAAAAGAUAGAGGUCCAGACAGGAUGUACACUUGCCUACCCCUUUACCACGGCGCAGCUCAUGGCCUAUGCCUCACUCCCUCAAUCCACGCCGGCACGACCGUCGUCCUCAGCCGCAAAUUCUCGCACUCAAAACUCUGGCCAGAAGUCCAUGCCUCAGGAUCGAACAUCCUCCAAUACGUCGGCGAGCUCUGCCGCUACCUCGUCAACGCACCACCUCGUCCUGACAAACUCGACAGAACCCACCAAGUCACCAUGGCCUGGGGCAAUGGCAUGCGCCCCGACGUCUGGGAACCCUUCCGCCAACGCUUCAACAUCCCCAUCAUCAACGAGCUCUACGCCGCAACCGACGGCCUAGGCGGCAGCUUCAACUACAACGCCGGCCCCUUCGGCGUCAACGCCAUCGGCAAACGUGGCCUAAUCUGGCACCUCGCCAACCACAAGAACGAAAAACGCAUAAAAAUGGACGUUGACACCGAAGAAAUCACACGCGAUCCCACCACAGGCUUCGCCAUUGAAUGCGCGCCCGGCGAACCAGGACAAGUCGUCCACCGCCUCGUCGACCAAAGCACAAAAGACUACAUCUUCAAAGGCUACUACAACAACAAAGAAGCUAGCGAAAAGCGCUGGAUCUACAACCUCUUCGAAAAGGGAGACAUGUGGUUCAAGAGCGGCGACAUGCAGCGCCAAGACCCUGAUGGCGCAGUCUACUUCGUCGACCGCCUAGGCGACACAUUCCGCUGGAAGAGCGAAAACGUCAGCACGAAUGAAGUCGCCGAUGUCUUUGGACAGUAUCCUUCGAUCGCGGAGACGAACGUAGUAGGCGUACAGAUCCCGCAUGCUGACGGACGUUGUGGACUUGCUGCGAUUGUGCUGGCGGAAGGUGUGACGGAGGAGAAUAUGAAUUGGAGGGGAUUGGCGGCUCAUGCCGUGGGAUCGUUGCCGCGGUAUGCGGUGCCGAUAUUUGUGAGGGUGAUGAAGCAGUUGGAUUAUACGGGGACUUUUAAGAUUCAGAAGGGGAAGUUGAAGCAGCAGGGUGUUGAUAUGGGGAAACUGGAGGCUGCUGGUGAGAAGGAUAAUGUUUAUUGGUUGCCGCCGAAUGGGAAUGCUUAUGUACCGUUUAGACGGAAGGAGUGGGAGGAGCUGAAGGCUGGGAGAGUGAAGUUAUAG